GGGACCGGCCCCCCGUGACGUCAUGUCCCCGCGCCCGGCCGCGUGCGCGCCGCCUGCUCGCGGUGCCGGUGAGCGGCGGGGCUGGGGCGCCGGCUCGGGAGCUGUUGUGUGAGAUGCCAUCAAGUGCAUAUGUUUAUUACUUCCCAUGGGAGAUCAACAGCUCAGUGCCAGAGGGGGAGACACUGAGGACAUUUGGCAGGUUAUGCUACUACGACCUGGCCCACUCCAAAGUCAUUCUCACUGCUGAGCACAGUUCAGCUCAGUACCAGGUCUAUGUUGACACCACACUCGUGGAGCCAUUCCAAGCCCAGCUGGAGUCUUGCUACAUGGUCCUGGGAGAGACUGAGCAUAGGGAAGGUGAGGGUCCUGUGGUAAAGGCACUAAUAUUGACCUGCGUGGAAGGGAUGAAUGUGUCCUUGCUGGUACAGGCCAUACAGGAGCAGAGGAAGUACUUCAGUGAGAGGCAGGAGCGGAUGGAAGACAGCACAUCCUGACAGCAGCUCCAAGACCAGCCAUCUGCUGCUCCUUGCACUGCCACUGGCAACAAAUAUGUUAAAAGUAUAUUUAGAAGGUGGGGUUUGCAACAGACUGCUUUGUGCCAUGGCCCAUAGCCAAACUGCCAAGCAGGGAAAGACUUGGGUCCACGUGGGACUUGUGGGUUGUCCAUUCAUGCCAAGUGGCAUCACUGAAAAUAGCUCUGGGAAGUAGGUUGAGCAUUGGUUUAAAGGGUGGUUCAAGAAAAGAGGGUGCUGGUCCUUUUGUAAUGCAAGGCCUAGAGGUAGCAGAAAUCCACAUCACAGAACUGAGCAGCUCAUACCCACACACACUGCCAAAGUGCAGCAGGUUACAGUGCUGUUGGCACAUCAGAGGUAAAGGGCAUUAGCACAAAGUUUCUCAGCCCAGCAUGGCUGCAUGUUGAAGGAGUGCAGGUGUUUGGUUAAUGUGAGUCAGCUGCCACACCAGAGCAUUCCUGACAAAACACUCAGGUGUCAGGAUGGACCAACAGAGGAUAAAGAAAGAACAAAGAGACACUAUUUUCAGUAGCACCCAGCUCUCUGGGUUUUCAAAAGCUGGCUUCCAAGGGGAAGAUUGACUUUAGCUCUCAAAUAAAUACUUGCCAUGCCAUGAGAAA